GGUCUGCUGGUAACUAUAGCAACAAGGCAAAAAGCUAGACCGCUAGUGCAAGCCUCUGCACUUAUCCUUACCUCAUUUAUCCCCCAGUCAGUUCAUAAAACUAUAAAAUACCAUGCUGAAAAUGCAGUAACGGCGUGUAGAUGAAAAUAUGACUUAUGCCGACCGACAGUAUUCGAUGUGUGUGAAGUUUGUUUACGUCGAACUAGCCAACUUGCUAUCUUGUUCCCAUAUUUUCCGCUGUGUUAUUGUGAUCCAUGAUGGGCAAAGAUGUUGAGGAAGUCUCCGCGUCUCUAGUACGGGAAUAUCUCAGUCGAAAGGGCCUGAAGAAAACCAUAGCUUGUAUGGAUGAAGAGCUUCCACGAACUAAUUCAAGCAUUAAUAACAGAUCAGAUCUGCGUAGAAUACUUCACCUUGAGGGCCUUUACAAAAAGAAUAAGACUGAAGAACAUAGCUUGAAGACAAUGUUGGAGAUGAUUGUGAAGGACAGAGUGAGUGAAGGUGGCAAAACCAAAGCACGCCGACAUGGUGACAAUCAAACCACAUCCAGUUCCUCCAUAGACACGACUGGUAAUGUUAAGAGAGAGGAAGAUUGUAUGGAAACUCUGUUGUGUUACAGUCCAAGGUUAUCUGAAAGCAGUGUGUCACAAGUUAUUGUGCCUUCCCAAAUGCCUUCUGAAAAGCUGCACAAGAGCUUUGCUCUUCACCCUGAAAGUGAGAGAAGUAUGUACUGUUUAUCGUCUAGCCAGGAUAGUCUCUUAACUGUAUUGAAAGAAGGAUUUCCCUCUGAGAAAAAGGUCGUAGACACUGACAGCCAGAAGAACAGAAGUAGCAGGAUAAGACGGGGCAUUAUGUCAGGUCCCAUUGCCAGCUCCUUGCAGGAAAGUAACAGGAGGCGUCCAGCUCGAAAAGCAACGCCAUCUGUUAUAGCAAAACUGGAGGACUGUAAAGAAGCAGCAAACUGGACAAAUGGUGUCAAUACUACAAAUACAAAGUCUAUCCCAUUAGCCCAUCUUGAGAGCAGCAUGCUUUCUAAUUUACAUACAGGAAUCAUAGACUGUAGUGGACAUGAGAGGAUGUCAGAUGUCAAACAUCGCUUAAAGAAUUCGGCACCCAGCCAAAAACUGGAUGGACUCCAUGUGUUGGAAAUGGUUUUGGAUGACAUAGAGAAUGAGGAGAGCCUGUGUGAUGUUUCUAGAACAACCAUGCCAGAACUUAAUUUGGACAAGACUCCCAUGGACCAGAUGACUGCCACUGCUCUGAAGGAGAUCAUCUUUGGUUCUUCUAUGGCUUGUUUCACUGAGGAUUGGAAACAACAGAAUUGUACCUUUUCAGAUACUCCCGGUUUGAAGUAUGGGAUUGUACAAAAGAAGGGAGGACCGUGUGGAGUCCUUGCAGCAGUUCAAGCUUGUGUUCUACAGAAGCUUCUGUUUGAAGAAUCGAGCAAUGACUCAUUGAAGGAGAGACUGGAGGUAUCAAAUGUUUUAAGGACAAAAUGUCUGUCUCGGGCUUUGGCUGACAUACUAUGGAGAGCGGGGAAUAUGAAGAGAGCCACAGUCGCAAUCACCUGCCCCCACAGAAACACAGGAAGAAGUCUGUUCACCACGAUUGGACGCUACAAAUCAGAUGGUGUUCUAGAAAUGAUAAUGCACGUCACUGUGGAGACCUUAGAUGAUCUCACUUUAGUUCUUGAGCAGCAUGUUAGACAGUUUGAGUCUGGUCCCUUUGGCUGUAUUUUGCUUACCGUCUCUGCCAUUCUUUCCAGAACUAUUGCAAUUAUACAAAGUGAUAUGGAUGUGCCUACUUCCACCCUCAUCGGAGCUCACGGCUACUGCACACAGGAAUUGGUCAAUCUUUUGCUUUGUGGACAGGCCGUUUCAAAUGUCUUUGAUGAUGAAAUGAAGCUUGAUUCCGGAAAUGGAAAUUUUACAUUUCUGAAGGGAAUUAAAGCACGUUGUAAUAUUGGGCUGCUAUCUUUAUUUGAACACUAUAAUAUAUGUAAGAUUCCUCUCUUUUUAAAGGUUGGAUCUCACCUGAAAACUCCCAAGUUUCCAAUUUGGGUAGUGUGCAGUGAGAGUCAUUUCAAUGUGCUUUUUUGCCCCUCUGAAGACCUGGCAACCGAUCACUGCAAAGAGGAAGAGUUUGACUUGUACUAUUAUGAUGGCCUGGCCAACCAGCAGGAACCAAUUAGAUUAACAGUCUAUCCACAUUCUGCUGCUGGUGCUGCUCCGAAUGACAACGCAGACAGUGAUCUCAUUUCUCCACUGGAGCUUUGCAUCAGGACGAAAUGGAGAAAUGCAGUGGUCAGCUGGAAUAAUACAGAUCCCAUUCUUUGAUAAUUCACGUAAAGGAGAUUUUUAUUUGACCCCAUAUGAUUUUAUCUGGUCUUAAACAAAUUUCAAGUAGGUUUUAUAUUUAAAUAGGUUUAGUAUUUAUUUUGUCUUUUAUGAUUGCUGCCAUUCUCAAUAUUUAUAGUAUUUUCAUCAGUCUGCUGCCCCUCUUGCUUGUUUUAUACUUUAUAUUUAUUGACAGUAUGGCAUUAGGAACUGUUAUGCUUUGACAGACUUUUUAAAAACGUUUUUUACUUUAUUCAAAUCAUGAUUAAAUUAUCAGACAGAAUGACUUGUGAUGUGUAAAUAAUUGGCAUUGUUCACUCUCUAGUAAUUAAAGGAUUAGUUCACUCAAAAAUUUUAAUUCUGUCAUUGUUUACUCACCCUCAUACCGU